AUGUUGAAGAUUAGCAGUUCCCUCUUGGUGCUAGCACUCCUCGGCAGUUGCUAUGCCCAAUACCAAUAUCCAAACUCAGGCGCCACUGGUGCCGCAGGGGCCUCUGGUGUAUCUUCUGCAUCAGGAGCUCCAGCUGGUGGAGUCAGUAAUCGUAUUAUUGGCUUGAAUGGCCUGCUAGGUGGAGGUGGCGGUGGUGGCUUGUUUAGCAAUCUUUUGGGUGGCCUACUCGGUGGUGGACGUCAACCUUUGGGACAGGCUUAUCCAGCACCUCCGCUAGUGCCAUCAUACGGCGGCGGCUAUCCCGGUGGUUACCCAGGCUAUGGAUACGGCGGUGGACUCGGUGGCUACUCCGGCUACUAUCCAGGUGCCCAAUUUGGUGGUGGCGGCUUUGGACCCGGCUACGGCAACUACUAUGGCUAG